CCUCACAAAUUAACUUCCUAUCACAAAGUGACGCCCAGAAAAGGUGUAUUCAAAAGCUAGACUCAUUAUAGAAUCACAACAGACCCAUCAUGACUGGUGCAGUAGACAGUGAGGUAGAGGGCGAGCCCUGGAAAGACAGAAGAAAAGUAGCAGCGAAAUGUAGGUACCUUUGUGCACAUGAAACAGAAAAGCACAGGCAGUAAAGUAAUAGUGUUCCAUUACUAAUGCGAGCAAUAAUUAUAUAUAAAUUGCAACAAUUAUCUAUUAGAUAAUAGGUAAUAAUUAAUAGAUAAUUGCAAAGCUCCAACAAUGCAAUAAAUAACUGAUUCCCCUCAGAGAACGUCAUUUACAUUUUUAUAUUAAAAAGACUCCAGAGUUGUAAUGGAUUAAAAUCCUACGAAAGUGAAAGAAAUGGCAUCAGCCACUAGUUCUGCAGAAGCUAAAAGUAAUACCGAUAGAGUUUUGAUGGAAAUUUUUACUUUGUGUGUUUAGUUUGGGGAUUCCUUUUAAAUCCUUCCUACCAGCAAUUUAGUUCUUCAAGGCUGUUUCUUUGAGAUUAAGUGACAGGACUUCUACUACUCUUUUCUUCUUGGAAUGCUUCUUGAUAUUCUUACAUCAACCAGAACAUUUGUCUCUGUCGCAGAUGAGAACAACGACCAUAGUUAACAAGCCCAAAUCUUCAAAUUCUAAAAAGCCAUCUUCAAGGCGGUCUGGCAAAUCCAAGAAACCGAGUACUAAAAAACUGAUGUCACGCACCGCAAACUGGGGCCGGAUACCAGCUGCAGAAGAUUCAAGCCAAGUCUCUGUGGCCCAAGGAUGUGGAGGUGCUAUUUAUUGUAGAUCAUCUGAAAAAUCUAAGCCUUUUGCCCAAAGAGAUCUAAUCAUUAAUGAUGGAAUUGCUCCGCCACAAAGGAUUCUUUUUCCACCUGAGAAGAUACGUAUGGAUUGGCAAGAAACACGAAGUGUUGGAGUUGGCCUGUACAAUCUUGGCAACACGUUUUCUUAAUGCUGCUCUACAGUGUUUGACCUACACCCCCCCACUUGCCAAUUACAUGCUUUCUCUUGAGCACAGCCGGUCAUGUCGUGAACAAGAUUUUUGCAUGAUGUGCACGAUGGAGACUCACAUUAACCAGGCCCUGCGUUGCACUGUUGAUGCCAUCGAGCCUACGUGUGUUAUCAGUAAUCUCAGUCGAAUAGGACAACAUUUCCGUUUGGGCAGUCAAGAAGACGCACACGAGUUCUUGCGCUAUACUGUUGAUGCUAUGCAGGAAGCAUGCUUGAACGGAAGCACCAAGUAAGCAUAAACAAAUUCACUUUGAUACGUUCUC